GUGUGGCCGUUGUCUCCAAAAUAGAUAUGGCCAUGGUCAUACUACAGCUGGUCAAUCCGGUCUUGUUUUUGUUUUGGUUUGCGGGAGCACUCUUCGCAGAAGUGUAGGCCAUGUCUGCGGAUUACUCGCAUCUGUGCUCCGCCAUUCUGGAGCAGUGCUUCGGAAAAGUGGUGCAGUUGGUCGCCGAUUGUCUGUUCUCGGCCACCACGAGGUCUCUUUCCCAGAUUGCCAGUUCCACCAAGUUAUCCCGCAAGGAGGUGGCCCUCGCCUUAGCUGUGUUGGUCAAGUACCGGCUAGUGGACUUUAGUGCCUCCCAGCAGAACCCCUUUCUAGCGGAAUAUGCUCUCAGGCGGGAGGACGUGCUCUGCCUCCUGCGGUAUCCUCGGUACGUUCAUUUGGUGCAGGCGAAGUACGGAAACGUUGGGGCCUCCAUCGCUGAGGAGCUGAUCAACUCUGGUUCGGAUACUGCCACUGGGAUUCUCGUCAAGUGCCUAACAGAGGGCGAGAACAAAUCGGAGAGCGCCGAAUCCUAUCGCAAUUCCUUUCUUCAAAUGAUUACCGACCACUACAUUAUUAAGAAACCGGAGCUUUUGUCGAGCGAUGAGACAGAUGAAGUUAUCCCCAAGUUCGAGACCAACGAAUGUGACUAUUACAGGCACCCGAACAUUGAUCUGCAACUUCUGGCCAAGAUUCGCAAAGGGGAGGCAACUGUUAGCGAAGCCAAAGAUGGCCAUAUGGUGUGGACCCUGAACUAUGAUCGAUUUCAUCAGGACUUUCGGGAUUCCAUCAUGAUCGAUGCUAUUGAGAGAAAGCUGGGAGAAAAUGCCGCCGAGUGCUUUCGUUUUAUUUUGAAAAUAAUGUACAAUACCACUGAUCCGUGGCAGCGAAAACUCUCAAACCAAGUAACGUUUGUGGAAAUCAAGCAAACCAUCGAAAAGAAAUCCAAUAACCUGGACCUCAUGAAGUACCUGGAUCAGUACAUAAGCCUAAUAACCGACGACUCAUUGGGAUUCCUUCGGAGAGUGGGUGAUAUGGGCGGUGGUCUUUUUGUGGUGGACAUGGAAAAAUCAUUCGAAUCGCUGGCCUUUGCGUGUGUCGAAUCCGUAAUAACCGAACGCUUCGGGUCCAAGGCAGCUCGUAUUUUUAGAGUUAUCCGCUGUAAGAAGUACAUCGAACAGGAGGACUUGCAGAAGGAAGCAAUGAUACCCUCCAAGGAGGCCAAGUCGCUCGCCUAUAACUUGUUCCAAGAACAGUUUAUUCAUGUUAAAAUUAUCAAGAAACCCGGAGGCGGGAGCAACGGCCCUGCGAAGGCUUUUUAUCUUUUCCAAGUCAGAGAAAAAGAUACUGUGAGAAUGUUGCUGGACGUCAGCUACAAGUCUCUGUACAACACCAUCGAGCGGUCUAACUUUGAAAAGAAUGAGCACAAAGGGCUCAUUGAGAAAUCUCAAAGACUGGACAGCAUUGUGGAGACAAUGAAAGAACGCGGAGAGUCGGAUGAAUACAUCGCCGAGAUUGUGGAGACUUUUACACCGCCGGAAUGUGAGAUCCUUAAAAAGGUUAAAAAUCGUAUAAAGACCUUGUCUAAGGCAGAACUGACUCUGGACGAUACCAUCUUCCUGCUCCAAAUGUAUCAGCAUCAUUGCACAACAUUGCCAACUGGCAUUAGAAAGUUUAAAUAAAAGUAUAUUUAAGAUAAA